GAAGGAACAGGUACCAGCCAGCGACAUAAUAUGUUCUAGAGACCUUUUCCAAGCAUAUUCUUCAAUCAAGGUGGGAAUUUCAGAAAGGAUUAAACUGUGAAAAAAUUUAUUUCAAAAAGAGAUUUCUACACAGAGGUUGAGCCAUGGUGACGCCUCAAUAUUUCCUGUUGCUACUCCUCUUGGGCCUGGAUAAUGCACAGCAAGGAAUGGGUGAGACGACAGAAGGAUCAACAGAAUCAACUGCAGUAGCAACUAAUGCUUCACACUUAUCAACUACAGCUGCACCAACAACCACUGCUGGAACACAGUCAUCAACUACAGCUGCACCAACAACCACUGCCAGUCCGCAGUCAUCAACUACAGGUGAACCAACAACCACUGCCAGUCCGCAGUCAUCAACUACAGCUGAACCAACAACCACUGCUCGAUCACAGUCAUCAACUACAGCUGCACCAACAACCACUGCUGGAACACAGUCAUCAACUACAGCUGCACCAACAACCACUGCCAGUCCGCAGUCAUCAACUACAGGUGAACCAACAACCACUGCCAGUCCGCAGUCAUCAACUACAGCUGAACCAACAACCACUGCUCGAUCACAGUCAUCAACUACAGCUGCACCAACAACCACUGCUGGAACACAGUCAUCAAGUACAGCUGAACCAACAACCACUGCUGGAUCACAGUCAUCAACUACAGCUGAACCAACAACCACUGCCAGUCCGCAGUCAUCAACUACAGCUGCACCAACAACCACUGCCAGUCCGCAGCCAUCAACUACAGCUGAACCAACAACCACUGCGGGAUCACAGUCAUCAACUACAGCUGCACCAACAACCACUGCCAGUCCGCAGUCAUCAACUACAGCUGAACCAACAACCACUGCUGGAUCACAGUCAUCGACUACAGCUGCACCAACAACCACUGCUGGAACACAGUCAUCAACUACAGCUGAACCAACAACCACUGCCAGUCCGCAGUCAUCAACUACAGCUGCACCAACAGCCACUGCCAGUCUGCAGUCAUCAACUACAACUGAACCAACAACCACUGCUGGAUCACAGUCAUCAACUACAGCUGCACCAACAACCACCGCUGGAACACAGUCAUCAACUACAGCUGCACUAACUACCACUGCCGGUAUGCAGUCAACAACUACAUCUGGACCAACAACUGCUGCUGCCAUACAGAGAUCAACUACAGCUGCACCAACAACCACUGCAAGUCCACAGACAUCAACCACAGCUGGACCAACAAGCACUGCUGGAACACAGUCAUCAACUACAGCUGAACCAACAACCACUGCUGGAACACAGUCAUCAACUACAGCUGCACCAACAACCACUGCCAGUCCGCAGUCAUCAACUACAGCUGAACCAACAACCACUGCCAGUCCGCAGUCAUCAACUACAGCUGAACCAACAACCACUGCUGGAACACAGUCAUCAACUACAGCUGGUCCAACAACUACCGCUGGAACACAGUCAUCAACUACAGCUGGACCAACAAGAACCGCUGGAACACAGUCAUCAACUACAGCUGCACUAACUACCACUGCCGGUAUGCAGUCAACAACUACAUCUGGACCAACAACUGCUGCUGCCAUACAGAGAUCAACUACAGCUGCACCAACAACCACUGCUGGAACACAGUCAUCAAUUACAGCUGAUCCAACAAGCACCGCUGGAACACAGUCAUCAACUACAGCUGCACCAACAAGCACUGCUGGAACACAGUCAUCAACUACAGCUGCUCCAACAACUACCGCUAGAACACAGUCAUCAACUACAGCUGGUCCAACAACCACUGCUGGAACACAGUCAUCAACUACAGCUGAUCCAACAACCACUGCUGGAUCACAGUCAUCAACUACAGCUGGUCCAACAAGCACUGCUGGAACACAGUCAUCAACUACAGCUGAUCCAACAACCACUGCUGGAUCACAGUCAUCAACUACAGCUGGUCCAACAAGCACUGCUGGAACACAGUCAUCAACUACAGCUGCACCAACAAGCACUGCUGGAACACAGUCAUCAACUACAGCUGAUCCAACAACCACUGCUGGAUCACAGUCAUCAACUACAGCUGGUCCAACAAGCACUGCUGGAACACAGUCAUCAACUACAGCUGCACCAACAACCACUGCUGGAUCACAGUCAUCAACUACAGCUGCACCAACAACCACUGCUGGACCACAGUCAUCAUCUACAGCUGGUCCAACAAGCACUGCUGGAACACAGUCAACAACUACUGCUGAACCAACAACCACUGCUGGAUCACAGUCAUCAACUACAGCUGGUCCAACAACCACCGCUGGAAUACAGUCAUCAACCACAGCUGGACCAACAACUACCACUGGAACACAGUCAUCAACCACAUCUGGACAAACAAGCACUGCUGGAACACAGUCAUCAACUACAGCUGCACCAACAACCACUGCUGGAUCACAGUCAUCAACUACAGCUGCACCAACAACCACUGCUGGAUCACAGUCAUCAUCUACAGCUGGUACAACAAGCACUGCUGGAACACAGUCAACAACUACUGCUGAACCAACAACCACUGCUGGAUCACAGUCAUCAACUACAGCUGGUCCAACAACCACCGCUGGAAUACAGUCAUCAACCACAGCUGGACCAACAACUACCACUGGAACACAGUCAUCAACCACAGCUGGACAAACAAGCACUGUUGGAACACAGUCAUCAACUACAGCUGCACCAACAACCACUGCUGGAUCACAGUCAUCAACUACAGCUGCACCAACAACCACUGCUGGAUCACAGUCAUCAACUACAGCUGCACCAACAACCACUGCUGGAUCACAGUCAUCAUCUACAGCUGGUACAACAAGCACUGCUGGAACACAGUCAACAACUACUGCUGAACCAACAACCACUGCUGGAUCACAGUCAUCAACCACAGCUGGACCAACAACUACCACUGGAACACAGUCAUCAACCACAGCUGGACAAACAAGCACUGUUGGAACACAGUCAUCAACUACAGCUGCACCAACAACCACUGCUGGAUCACAGUCAUCAACUACAGCUGCACCAACAACCACUGCUGGAUCACAGUCAUCAUCUACAGCUGGUACAACAAGCACUGCUGGAACACAGUCAACAACUACUGCUGAACCAACAACCACUGCUGGAUCACAGUCAUCAACUACAGCUGGUCCAACAACCACCGCUGGAAUACAGUCAUCAACCACAGCUGGACCAACAACUACCACUGGAACACAGUCAUCAACCACAGCUGGACAAACAAGCACUGUUGGAACACAGUCAUCAACUACAGCUGCACCAACAACCACUGCUGGAUCACAGUCAUCAACUACAGCUGCACCAACAACCACUGCUGGAUCACAGUCAUCAACUACAGCUGGUCCAACAAGCACUGCUGGAACACAGUCAACAACUACUGCUGAACCAACAACCACUGCUGGAUCACAGUCAUCAACUACAGCUGGUCCAACAACCACCGCUGGAACACAGUCAUCAACCACAGCUGGACCAACAACUACCACUGGAACACAGUCAUCAACCACAGCUGGACAAACAAGCACUGUUGGAACACAGUCAUCAACUACAGCUGCACCAACAACCACUGCUGGAUCACAGUCAUCAUCUACAGCUGGUCCAACAAGCACUGCUGGAACACAGUCAACAACUACUGCUGAACCAACAACCACUGCUGGAUCACAGUCAUCAACUACAGCUGGUCCAACAACCACAGCUGGAAUACAGUCAUCAACCACAGCUGGACCAACAACUACCACUGGAACACAGUCAUCAACCACAGCUGGACAAACAAGCACUGUUGGAACACAGUCAUCAACUACAGCUGCACCAACAACCACUGCUGGAACACAGUCAACAACUACUGCUGCUCCAACAACCACUGCUGGAUCACAGUCAUCAACUACAGCUGGUCCAACAACCACCGCUGGAAUACAGUCAUCAACCUCAGCUGCACCAGCAACCACUGUUGGAACCCAAUCAUCAACUACAGUUGGACCAACAAGCACUGCUGGCACUCUGGCAUCAACUACAGCUGCACUAACUACCACUGCCGGUAUUCAGUCAACAACUACAUCUGGACCAACAACUGCUGCUGCCGUACAGAGAUCAACUACAGCUGCACCAACAACCACUGCAAGUCCACAGAUGUCAACCACAGCUGGACUAACAACCACUGCUGGAACACAGUCAUCAACUACAGCUGGACCAACAAGCACCACUGGGACACAAUCAACUACAGUUGGACCAACAAACACUGCUGGCACUCAGGCAUCAACUACAGCUGCACCAACAACCACUUCAAGUCCACAGACAUCAACCACAGCUGGCCCAACAACCACUGCUGGAACACAGUCAUCAACUACAGCUGGUCCAACAAGCACCACUGGGACACAGUCAUCAACUACAGCUGGACCAACAAGCACCACUGGGACACAAUCAACUACAGUUGGACCAACAAGCACUGCUGGCACUCAGGCAUCAACUACAGCUGCACCAACAACCACUUCAAGUCCACAGACAUCAACCACAGCUGGCCCAACAACCACUGCUGGAACACAGUCAUCAACUACAGCUGGUCCAACAAGUACCACUGGGACACAAUCAACUACAGUUGGACCAACAAGCACUGCUGGCACUCAGGCAUCAACUACAGCUGCACCAACAACCACUUCAAGUCCACAGUCAUCAACUACAGCUGGACCAACAAGCACCGCUGGAACACAGUCAUCAACUACAGCUGAACCAACAACCACUGCUGGAUCACAGUCAUCAACUACAGCUGCACCAACAAGCACUGCUGGAACACAGUCAUCAACUACAGCUGGUCCAACAACUACCGCUGGAACACAAUCAUCAACUACAGCUGGACCAACAAGCACUGCUGGAACACAGUCAUCAACUACAGCUGGUCCAACAACUACCGCUGGAACACAGUCAUCAACUACAGCUGGACCAACAAGCACCGCUGGAACACAGUCAUCAACUACAGCUGCACUAACUACCACUGCCGGUAUGCAGUCAACAACUACAUCUGGACCAACAACUGCUGCUGCCAUACAGGGAUCAACUACAGCUGCACCAACAACCACUGCAAGUCCACAGACAUCAACCACAGCUGGACCAACAAGCACUGCUGGAACACAGUCAUCAACUACAGCUGAACCAACAACCACUGCUGGAACACAGUCAUCAACUACAGCUGCACCAACAACCACUGCUGGAACACAGUCAUCAACUACAGCUGAACCAACAACCACUGCUGGAACACAGUCAUCAACUACAGCUGCACCAACAACCACUGCUGGAACACAGUCAUCAACUACAGCUGGUCCAACAACUACCGCUGGAACACAGUCAUCAACUACAGCUGGUCCAACAACUACCGCUGGAACACAGUCAUCAACUACAGCUGGACCAACAAGCACCGCUGUAACACAGUCAUCAACUACAGCUGCACUAACUACCACUGCCGGUAUGCAGUCAACAACUACAUCUGGACCAACAACUGCUGCUGCCAUACAGAGAUCAACUACAGCUGCACCAACAACCACUGCUGGAACACAGUCAUCAACUACAGCUGUACCAACAACCACUGCUGGAACACAGUCAUCAACUACAGCUGGUCCAACAACCACUGCUGGAACACAGUCAUCAACUACAGCUGAUCCAACAACCACUGCUGGAACACAGUCAUCAACUACAGCUGCACCAACAACCACUGCCAGUACACAGUCAUCAACAACAGCUGGGCAAACUACCUCCGCUGCAACACAGUCAACAACUACAGAUGCACAAACAACCACUGCUAGUACACAGUCAACAACUACAACUAAACCAACAACAAGAAAUACUGUCUCAACCCAAUCAAUAGCAGCCUCUACAUCAACAGCAGCUGCCACCUCAAUGCAAACAACAUCCACUUCGCCUCGUUCUAAUGUUGCUUUACUGAUUUUCAGUAUAAUGGACACCUUUGAUGAUGAUUUAAGGAAUGCUAGUUCAGAGAAACACAAAGAACUUGCAGGGAAAGUUGAAACUGGGCUCAAUAGUGCUUACCGAAAUACGCCAGGUUUUCUACGUUCAAUGGUCAAUGAAUUCAGAAGUGGAUCCAUUGUAGCAGACUGCUCCAUGAUUUUCAACAACACGACCCCAAGUCCAUCUGAAGUGGUAAGGAUACUUGCCAGCCAGCUCACGAACGGCACAAAUUUGGGGAACCUAACGAUUAAUCGUGCAACCAUCCAAUCCAGUAGUACCACUCUGAAAAAUUUGGACCCAAUUGCUUUGAAUAUUACCUUUAUAAUAGAGGACAGAGCUUUUAAUACCAACCUCAGUAACACCAGUUCUCGUGAAUUUACAUACCUGAGGAAUUUAGUGAUAAGUUGGCUUGAUCGAGCUUUGUUUUCUGAAUUUGGUGAAAACUCCACAUCCAAUUAUACUGUUGUUUUCAGCGAAACUACAUCAAUGGUGAUGGUGGAGGCAAAUGUCCUGAUCACCAGUGAGAAGCCCGAGAAUAGUACACAGCUGCGUGAUUUACUUAUUGCAAAAAAUGGAACUUUAGACUUAGACAUCAUCUUAUCCAGUGUGCAAGUAAACGGUGCGAAAUUUCUUGUCAAAAGCUUUGAAAUUGUACUUCGCUUUACAAAUAGGAGGUUUACAAAUGAACUCAACGAGAGAGCAACCCCCGAGUUCAGAAAUGUCAGCACCGCAAUUACAAGCGUGGUGAACAGAAUCUUUGUAAUCGACCCCAAUUACAUUGAAGUCGUAAUUGUAGGAUUUCAGAAUGGAUCCAUUCAAAGCAAUAUUAAAAUCAAUUUUAAGCAAACUGGAAUAACACAAGCCAAUGUAGUCGAACGACUGGUCAAUAACACUGAAGAAUUCUCAAGGCAAGGCCUAACUCUGGAUGUAAAUCACCUUAUCAAUGCAAUUGCAACAACUGCAAGAACAACUAUACGUACCACCAUAAGUACCACUGCCACAAGUAUGACAACCAAAUCUACAACCACAGCCAGCGCAACAGUUAAUCAGCCAGCUCCAGGAAAACCAUUCCCAGGUUACGCCAUUGCAAUCAUUGUCAUGUGCGGCUUGGCUCUCCUUGCACUCCCCUUCCUUGUAGUUCUGUUCAUCAAGACCGGCUUUUGUUCCAAAGUAGCAAGUGCCUUCCAGUUGGAAUCUCCUGAUCAUUUGGACUUGAGCCGUCCAAUAAUUGGGGGCCGGUCGUACAAUUUUUACUGAUGAAACAGCAGGAGCUGCAGUGACAACGUGCUUUGGAUUAUGAAGAUUGCAUAUGAAGAAUAUUGAUCACAGUGUUCAUCUAACGUACCAUCCAAAUUAAUCCACAUGUAACCAAAUGAACUGAGUUAUCAUAACACUGACUCUUUCACAUCAAGGUAGAUGCCAUUUAUAAAACAGACCACCACUCAGUUCUCCCACUGUGUUAGAAGAUGUAUGCGUUUUCGAUCUAUAUGGAAUGAAGCCUAUCCAGAAUUUGCUUUUGAAGGCAGCUUUGUCUUAAAUCUGUAUUUAUUUGUAGGGCUCUGUCUGUGAAAUGGUCAAGUACUACCUUUGUGUUAAAAAUUUAAGUCAACCCAAGUCACUUUUCUGCUAAUGCCAGACCCAUGGUGUGUAGAGGCUGAAUUUCUUGCAUGCAUCUCGAAUAUUAUACUAUAAGCCACUACAAAACCAAACCGACACUGAAUUAAUGUCGUUUUACUGGAGUGCAAGGCAAUGCAUGCUGGAGGUUGGCAAUUAAUUUACUGGAAGGCAGAAUGGUUGGGAUACCACUGGGGAGGAAUAUGGACAAUUAAGUGCAAGUAUUAAAAUGAGGUGUUAAAAGGGAGUGUUGAGUUUGUGUACAUUGGUGACAAGUGGAAUUUCCUGACUUCAUGCUUGACUUACCAUGAAUUUCCAGAGCACAUUAUUUUUACAGAAGCCUGUAACUUUGUUGCAAAUGGGCUUCUGAGAUCUUCAGUAGAGCCAAGUUUUCUCAGGUGCUUAUACACAGGUGAUAUUUAUACACAAAACUGGUUAUGCAGGUUAAUUGUCAAACUCACUGUUUAAUACACACUUGGUGUCACAGCUUUUUCUAUGAGAUUUAAUGAUGGACAUCUCAGGAACCAAAAACAAUGAAACUAAUAUCUUCAGGAACAGGAUUGUCAGUGUCAAUUAGCAAUUAGACACAGAUUACCUCAAGUACAUGCAUACUUGCUCUCUCUUGCACUCUAAUUACAGGUCUUAAUAAGAGAAUUCAUUAUAUGAAACAAAGGAGCUCUUGUAGGGGUAUUACCAAAUAUUCUAUCUGCCCUUCUGUUCUGUUUCAACUUCCUGUAUGACAUGUGUUUAACAGAAAACAACAUUUAUAAAGCCUCCAGGAUGUCCAUCCUGAAACAAUGUUGUGUGAGCCAGCUACUAAAGUUGUCAGGUUCGGCACACAGGGAUACAUAGAUUCCCCGUCUACAAUGACCCUCUGCAGCAGACUUGGCUUCUGCAGUGAAGAGUUCCAAAACUUUGUGUGUCAGUUCACGCCCAAACAGAACAUCAAGGCUCAAGUAUCCAGAAUGGUUGUGCCAAUGAUACGAGGCAUAACCACAGUCAAUCGUGUUAACCUGCAACACUUAAGAAAGAUUGCUCCUAUGUUGCAAUGGAUAUUUUGAUUAUGCUAUAGAUGGUACUAACAUAUAAGAAAUUAACUUAUGCAUAAGUUUUAUUAUUUUGCAGCUUUCUACUAAGCUACUUUAACUUAAUUGACAUUCAGCAACAAGAAGGUUAAGUCUAAGAUAGUAUAUAGACAUUUGUUCUCAGUGGAAAUAUAUUGCAGGCAGGCCUAGCUCUUCUUGAAAUGCUUAUCUCAUUGACAGUCUGAAUCUCAUUUUUAAUCCUAGAAGGAUUCCAGGUUGCAUUGAUUUGAAAUCACUGUGUUUAGGGUUGUAGCUAAAUCAUAACUUAUAUUUGUUAGAUAGUAACUUGUAACCAAUAGAAUAUAUAAGCUAGUCACCUCCAGUUAUAAUAUUUAUACCAAUCCUUCAUUUUACUAAAGGAGUCAGAAGCUAGCUUUGUGAUAGCAAGAUAUUUGAAGACUCUUUGAAAAAAAAUCUCAAUAACCUACACUUUAAAAGAUAGAUCUUCUGAUAGUCACACACAAUUCUCAGGAACAGAACCAGUUUGAGCUGGCUUAUACCAGGAGUGUGGCUGAAUUGAUCUUUGCAGGGCAGGUUAGUUCCAUUCAAUCACAAGUUUAACAGUGUUUAGUUCAAUCCCUCCGAGUAUCCUUCAAGUAGCUUUACUUAAGGUAACUUUCAGCCUCUCCCUCAUAAGGAAACAAUGUGACUAUAUUUGUACACUGAAUUUGCUGUGGCACAAAUUGUACCCUAACUUUAUACUGAAACGUGAUAAUAAUGUAUUUGUCACACAAAUUAAACUCACCUUUUGAUGCCAAAUUGAAUUAAAUCAAUUUUAAUUGAUUAUUUUGCUACUACUCAUACUGAUAAGCACUAUAAAGAAUAAAUAUGUGCCAAGUUUUCGUUAUAAAAGCAUCUACUAGUUCGUUGGAUUGAACAUGUCAGUAUGAAAACAAAGAUUUAUUUUUCUGAGCUAGAAUAUUUUUGUUGUAAAUGCACUAUUGAAUAAAUAUUUCUUACAAAUCAGAACCAUAUUUUGAGUCCAUUGUGAAUCUUGUAUUUUUGCUUUAUUUAAAUAGAAGUGAUUUAUUUAACGUAAGAUCUCAGACCCACCCUGUUUGUUGACUUUGGGCAUCAAUUAUCAGAUAAUAGCUGCUUCUUUUUAGUGUGUCAGGAAUAUCUCAAUUCAAGAUGAUGAGCAGAUAUUGUUUACCCAUCAGCAAUUAGUUUGGGUUGGGUCUCCAUCAUAGCAGAUGAUUAUGCCUGAAUGAUAAAGACAAGCCAAACACCUGGUUCUAUUCAAGACUGUACCUUUCAUGUUUUGACUCAAGGUAUGUUCUGACAAUUCUUUCAUGAACCAUAGUUCUUACUUCAGCUACAGGCAUCACCUCUUCUCAUGCCUAUCUCCUCCCCCAGUGCCCCU